AUGAAUAAUCAUUAAAAAUCUAAUGUAGAAUAAUAACUUUAUGAGAAUCAAAAAGAGUUUGAUAAUAAUAAUGCUUUAUUAAGGAAUAAAGAAUCUCCAAACAAAAAUUUGAGCUACAAAUAUUUCCCAUAAAACGAUUACUCAGAAUCAAAAUUACAAUCCCCUACGACAGAGAUAAAAUAAACUUAGCUUGAAAAUUAACUAAACCUAUCAUAUUUAAAAAACAAUGUUAACGAACAAUUAAAACAAACUUACACAGAAGAUAAUAAAUAAAAUAAAACUCCAAAAAAAAAAACUGAUAUUGAACCUAUAAAAUAUGAAAGAAAAGGGUAUAUUCGAUAAAUAAAAUAAGAUGAAAAUAGAAGAUUGAAAGUUUUCAAGCAUUUGAAGGAUUUAUAUAAUAAUACUUCAGGUUUGAGAAAUGUAGAAGAAUAAUAUAAAAAUUAUGUAAGAGAAAUAGAGGAUAAAGCAGCUUUGGAUAAGAAUUAUAGCUUAAAUUUAAAAAAUAAAAAAAUUGUAGGUGAAGUAUGUAAUGCUUAUAUACAAGUAAGAGGAGAUGGAAACUGUUUUUAUACAGCAUUUGGUUUCUAAUUCCUUUAUCAUUUGCUUUUUUCAUAUUCUGAUUAAGAAUUUACUGAAUUCAUUUAUAGAAUUUAGAAUUUAAAAAUGAGAUUUAGAAUUUCAUAUAUCAAAUAAUAAAUAGAUGAUUAGUCUAUUGAAAAAGAUUUGUUUGAGGAAUUUAUAUAUAUAUUAGAGGAACUAAGAUAAAUAGAAACGGAAAAUAGAUUUAUGAAACUCAAAGAAGAAUUUGCUAAAUGGUAAAUUAAUUAAAAUGGCGAUGGUUUCUUAUAUUGUUUACAGACUUUAUUCUUUAGAAAUUUGAGUUAUCACUUUUUAGAGUAAAGUGAUCUCAAAGAUGUUGUUUUAGAUAAAGAAAAUUUAUUAAUAUGGGAAGAAGAGUGUAACACAAAUGAAGUAAUUAUAAAAUUAUUGGCAGAAUAAUUAAAAAUGUAAUAAAUUUAAUAGUUAUAAUUAGACAUAUAAAAUUAUUAUUUCUAGAGAAUGAAGUAAUAUUAAGGGAAUAUGAACAACAUAAUAAAAAUAUAAUAAUAUUACUUAUAAAACCUGGACAUUAUAAUAUAGGAUGGAAUUUAAAAUAAUAAUGA